ACAAUCGAAAUUUUUUCAGCGUGCUACUCACGCGCCUAGGCCCUAGAUUACCAAAUCUAGGCUUCCAUCCAGGUUUUUCCUGCACAUUUUGAUUAAUUAGAUGCAAAUUGGGUAAAUCUUUUAUCAAUAGAGCAUCAAAAAUGGAGAGAGUGGUAAGGAGCUGCGUGCAAUCAAUAUUGAAGCUGGUGAAUUCAAUUAUAGGAAUGGUUGGUACGGCUAUGAUUCUGUAUUCAAUUUGGUUAAUUAGGGUUUGGCAAAGAGAAAUUGGGGAUUUUUUUCCGUUUGAAGGCUCUGAUUAUGCAGCUCCAUGGUUUAUCUACACUUUCCUUGGCCUUGGUGUUACUUUGUGUGUGAUAACAUGUUUUGGGCAUAUUGCUGCUGAAACUGCAAAUGGCUGUUGCCUUUAUUUUUAUAUGUCCUUCACCUUUUUACUUCUUAUGCUGGAGGCUGCAGUGACGACUGAUGGAUUUCUGAAUAAUGACUGGGAGGAGGACUUUCCAGUGGAUCCAAGUGGGAGUUUUAAUAAGUUCAAAGAUUUCAUCAGGUCGAACUUCGAAUUCUGCAAGUGGAUAGGCUUUUCUGUCGUGUCUGUACAGGGACUAUGUAUCCUAUUGGCAAUGCUACUUAAAGCUCUUGGGCCACAUCAAUAUUAUGAGAGUGAUGAUGAUAUUGAUCCUGAGAGGGUUCCACUCCUGAAGAAUGCUGUUCACCCACCUUAUGUCGUUGGCAACCCUGCUUAUGGAUCCCAUAGUAAUGCCUGAAAUAGGAGAAUUAAGUGUAUGGUAAAAAUCAUGUGCUUAAGCCUGGGAUUGAGAGCUGUUUGCUUAGCGUUGAGUGUUGAGUUACUAAUGUAAAGAAUGAGGUAUCAAGUUUUGCGAAUCAAGCUCAUGUUGGGUUUGGAAUGGUAUACCUUGGCUGCUCAUUUGGGUGGU